GCUGCCGCUGCCGCUGCCACGGUCACUGCCGCGCCGGUUCCGCCCAAAGGAUGGCGAACGCUCCUGAACCCCGUAUCCAUUCGGCCCAUCUUCACGAAUAUUGUCAGAAGAAAGGACUGAAGCUCGUCUACCGGGACAUCUCAAAAACCGGCCCCGAUCAUAACCUGCAAUUUACCGUUCAGGUUAUCAUAGAGGGCAGAGAAUUUCCUGAAGCCUCAGGCUCAUCCAAGAAGAAAGCAAAGGAUGCUGCGGCCAAAUUGGCCCUGAAGAUCCUCACGAAGGACAACCAGAUUGAGAAGUCCCUGGCUUCCCCAGAGUUAAAACCACCACCAUCAGAGUCAACAAGCGAAAGCUCCUCAGCGUAUAACAAUUACAUGGGCCUCGUCAAUCAGUGGGCACAAGUGGAAGGAUUACAUUUAGAUAUAGAUUUCUCCCAUAAAUAUGACAACGUUUCUAUGCUACCGAGUUCUUCAUGUGUGUUGACUGUUGGAAAAUAUCAGGCUACUGGUGAUGGAAAAAAUAAACAGAAGGCAAAACAAAAAGCAGCCGAGCUUGUCUACGAACAGAUAAAGUUAGAUAAAGCUUCAGUGAGCGGCGGUUCCAGUAUUGAAUUUAGGGACUCCGGACCACCCCAUCGAAAUGGGUUUUCAGAAGAUCUUUCAGAAAGAAAGAUGGAGGAUCUAAGUUCCGAUGAUUUUUCUCUUACGAAGCAAGACACGGGUUUCCUGCCCUUGAGAAGAAACUUACAGUUCAGUCAUAAGGAGCAGAAGCCGGGAAGGGCUUGGGGAAAGAGCUGCCGGGAGAUACUGCCAGAAAGCCAAGUCCCACCCUUGAGGACCCCGAUCUCAGGAGAAAGGAAAUGUCAAACUGUUCCAUGGAAACCUAAAAGACCACUGGCUGCAAAAUUUGGGCUGGGCAAGUCUGAGAAUAAUGAAGUCAAGCUCAGUGCGGAUAAACAUUUCAAUAGCACCUACGAAGGCAUGUCGUUAAUCAGCUCCGGUGGAUUUGGGCAAGUUUUCAAAGCAAGAAGUAGACUUGACAAGCAAUAUUAUGCCAUUAAACGUGUGAAAUUUAAUGAGGGGAGUGUUGUCCGGGAAGUGAAAGCUUUGGCAAAACUUAGUCAUGAACAUAUUGUUCGCUAUUAUUCUUGCUGGGAAGGACUUGACUUUGAUCCUGAGAAAAGCAACAAUAACUCAAGCUCAAUGAGGUGCCUUUACAUCGUAAUGCAGCUGUGUGAAAAAGGGACACUAAAUAACUGGAUUGAUCGGAGAAGAAACAAGGAAAUGGACAAGACUUUGUCUCUGAACAUUUUUCAACAAAUAACGUCAGGGGUGGAAUAUAUUCAUUCCCAAACAUUGAUUCACAGGGACCUGAAGCCAGAGAACAUAUUUGUAGUGGAUGAAAACAAUAUUAAAAUUGGUGAUUUCGGCCUUGCGACUUCCCUGAUAGCCAAAGAGAAGACUGUCGGCAGGGGAACAGAGAGGUACAUGAGUCCGGAACAGCGUCUUUCAACUAAAUACGGAACUGAAGUGGAUAUCUUUGCACUGGGAUUAAUUCUUUUCGAACUUCUGCACAUCUGUCCCACUGCUUCGGAAGUUUACAGGAUCUGGGAUAAAAUAAGAGUCUGCGAAUUUCCAGUUGAAUUCGUCGAUCGGCAUCCAAAAGAGAAAAAACUGCUCCAGAAACUACUCUCCCAAAAACCGGAGCAGCGGCCCAAAGCGUCUGAAAUAUUGAUAGUUUUGAAGCAUCUAACGGAAGAAGACGUCGUCACCUAUACCUGUUAAGACUCUUACGUACAAGACCACGCUCUCAGAUUUCCAGCUGCAAAAUUAGAUUUACCCUCAAACCUCCGUAGUUCCCCCGGCGAUCAGAUAACGGGAGGAUUUCUCUCGCGCUGUUUUCGGCUUGCUACUUUUGGUAGGGGCGUAAAAUGUUCAGUCUGCCCUACGGGAAUACCCUGGCGUUCCUUGGAAAUGUGGGUGCAUCUUGAACAUUUUGCAUUAAGGGGUGCGCUUUUCCAUAGACUUAUAUGUAGCUAGUUCUAGAAUUAAGCCCCAGCGUGGUGACGGACCACUACAAGUAAGUAAAAAUUACACUGCAAAUCCCUCCCUGUUCACUCUUUCCGUUACCUCUUCCCUUUCCCUAGCGACCUUUUUGCCGCUUUUUCCCUCCCGCUUCCCGACCCCGAAGCAUCCCCUUUUCCAUGUGUACUGUUUGCCUGCCCUUAAUGUGCUCUGAUAUUAUUCCCAUUUUUUCAACCAACCACAAAGAUGUCUGCUGCCGACAUCGCCCCUCUCCCAUCCACCUGUCAUCCACCGCCAAAUUCGAGCCGCGGAAAAUCAGGAUGAAGAUGGAAUAAAGGCAGAGUGAGUUCCGUGGGUGGUUGUGAUCUGAGACACCCUUAUAAUAAUAAUGAUGGCAUUUGUUAAGCGCUUACUAUGUGCAAAGCACUGUUCUAAGCGCUG